ACACGCGCUUCAACUUCGGUUGGUGUGUGUCGAAGAAACCCGAAGAGCCCUCGGAGAACGGCGGAGAGGGUCCACCGAACCUCGCGGAAAGCUCCGCUGAGCGGGCUCGCGGCCGGAGUCCCUCCGUGCUGCGGAGCACCCAGCGGUGCCCACGCCCGGCACAGGUGUGGGACCCCCCGUCCUUCCUGUCUUCGCAGAGGAGUCCUCGCGUGGUGAGUAUGCGAAACAAAAAGCUUUUGAAAACAAAAAGAAGGAGGGGUGGAAGAGGAGGCCAGGAUCCAGGCCUCCACAGGAGCGACCACACCCGUGGGAGGUCUCCUCCCACCUCAGCCGUCAACCUGGGGCCCGACUGCCCUCCUCCUCCUCCUCCACCGCCCCCAAACGAUCCCAACAAGCCCUCCUCUUCUUGCAGUUCCUCGUCCUCAUCUUCCUCAUCAUCAUCCUCCUCACAAAGUGGGCAACGGGCCCAAUAUUCCAACCUAGAUCGUAGACGAGACGAUCUCUCCGAGGAGAUCAACAACCUAAGAGAGAAGGUCAUGAAGCAGUCUGAGGAGAACAACAACCUGCAGAACCAGGUGCAGAAGCUCACAGAGGAGAAUACCUCCCUUCGGGAGCAAGUGGAGCCUCCCCCUGAGGAAGAAGAGGAAGAUGACAUCGAGCUCUGUGGUGCUGCAGCUGCUGCUCCCCCACCCAUUCCCCUCGAGGAAGAGUGCCCAGAUGACCUGCCGGAGAAGUUUGAUGGCAACCCAGACAUGCUGGUUCCUUUCAUGUCCCAGUGCCAGCUGUUCAUGGAAAAGAGCACCAGAGAUUUCUCCAUUGAUCGGGUCCGUGUCUGCUUCGUGACAAGCAUGAUGACAGGCCGCGCUGCCCGCUGGGCCUCUGCGAAGCUGGAGCGGUCCCACUACCUGAUGCACAACUACCCAGCCUUCAUGACAGAAAUGAAGCAUGUCUUUGAAGACCCUCAGAGACGGGAGGCUGCUAAACGCAAGAUCAGACGUCUGCGCCAAGGCAUGGGCUCGGUCGUCGAUUAUUCCAACGCUUUUCAGAUGAUUGCACAGGAUCUGGAUUGGAACGAACCCGCUCUGAUUGACCAGUACCAUGAGGGCCUCAGCGACCAUAUUCAGGCAGAGCUGUCUCACCUUGAAGUCGCCAAGUCGCUGUCUGCGCUGAUCGGCCAGUGCAUCCACAUUGAGAGAAGGCUGGCCAGAGCCGCUGCAGCUCGUAAGCCACGCUCCCCACCUCGCGCACUGGUGUUGCCCCACGUCUCAGGCCACCAGCAGGUCGAUCCAACUGAGCCCGUGGGAGGUGCCCGCAUGCGACUGACCCAGGAAGAAAAAGAAAGACGAAGAAAGCUGAACCUGUGCCUCUACUGUGGGAAUGGAGGUCACUACGCCGACAACUGUCCUGCCAAGGCCUCAAAGGCUUCACCGGCGGGAAACUCCCCGGCCCCGCUGUAGAGGGACCUUCAGCGACCGGGCCAGAAAUAAUAAGGUCCCCACAAGAUGAUGCCUCAUCUCCGCAUCUGCAAGUCAUGCUCCAGAUUCAUCUUCCGGGCAGACACACCCUGUUUGUCCGAGCCAUGAUUGAUUCUGGUGCUUCUGGCAACUUCAUCGAUCAUGAAUAUGUUGCCCAAAAUGGAAUUCCUCUGAGAGUCAAGGACUGGCCGAUACUUGUAGAAGCAAUUGAUGGACGUCCCAUAGCAUCGGGCCCAGUUGUCCACGAAACACAUGACCUGAUAGUUGACCUGGGAGACCACCGUGAGGUGCUGUCAUUCGAUGUGACCCAGUCUCCCUUCUUCCCGGUUGUCCUGGGGGUGCGCUGGCUGAGCACACAUGAUCCCAACAUCACAUGGAGCACCCGCUCCAUCUUCUUUGAUUCUGAUUAUUGCCGAUACCACUGCCGAAUGUAUUCGCCGAUACCACCACCGCUCCCACCACCAGCGCAACCUUCAUUUUAUUACCCAGUAGACGGAUACAGAGUUUACCAGCCAGUGAGAUAUUACUAUGUCCAGAAUGUGUACACGCCAGUAGAUGAACACGUCUACCCAGAUCACCGCCUGGUUGAUCCCAAUAUAGAAAUGAUACCCGGAGCACACAGUAUUCCCAGCGGGCACGUGUACUCACUGUCUGAAUCUGAAAUGGCAGCGCUGCGAGAUUUUGUGGCCAGAAAUGUGAAAGAUGGGCUGAUUACUCCAACAAUUGCACCUAAUGGAGCCCAAGUUCUCCAGGUAAAGAGAGGAUGGAAACUGCAGGUUUCUUAUGAUUGCCGAGCUCCCAACAAUUUCACAAUCCAGAAUCAGUAUCCACGGCUCUCUAUUCCAAAUUUGGAUGACCAAGCUCACCUGGCAACAUAUGCUGAAUUUGUACCUCAAAUACCUGGAUAUCAAUCAUACCCUGCAUAUGCUACAUACCCGACCUACCCAGUAGGAUUCGCCUGGUAUCCUGUGGGACGAGAUGGGCAUGGCCGAUCACUCUAUGUGCCCGUGAUGAUCACCUGGAAUCCUCAUUGGUACCGCCAGCCUCCGGUGCCCCAGUAUCCACCUCCACAGCCGCCGCCGCCGCCACCACCGCCGCCGCCACCACCGUCCUACAGCACUAUGUAAAUACUUUUCAUGUCCUUCAGGAUCUCUACCCACAAAACUGUUUCCUGUUCAGCUUCUCAGCCAGUGACUGUGCUAAACUGGUUUCUGUAUCUUUAGGCCAACCUGAGGCAUGUCCUCUCUGAAAUGGCUGCAGAAGGUCAGAACCACUGUGGACUGGCAUGCAUCUUACAACCAAAAGUCAUUCACCAUUUACUGGGAGAAUAGGAUAUUUACCAACAAAUUCUCUCUCAGUUUUCCACUUUAACUGCCAAUCUAACUAAAAUUCACGUUUACUUUGCAGAGAAUCCCAGAAAGAAUGGGUUUUACCUGCUGAAUAACAUCUGAAUUAUAGGCUGCCAGAUUCCUCAAUGAGCACUUACGAAGAAGCUAAUGUAAAUACAGGAAAUUCUGUUUUAUUUGUGGAGAGAGAGAUGAGGAGGAGGAGGACAUGACUUUUCUUGCAGUUUCGGUACUCUUACAUAACUGGAGGACCGACGCCUUAUGAAGGAAGCCAAAAUUAUUGGUGCAGUGUGAAAUGGCUUCCGUGAUCUUUAUGCUGCACCCUAUUGAAACUUCACCGUCUUCAAACUCCACUUUCAUGGUUCCGUUAAUUCUCAAGGAGCAGCAACUGACCCAGGAGUAGGCAAAACCCCUGCAACAGAAACACCUCAGGCCUGAGAAGGAAGUGCCCUCUCAGACAGACUCUUGCAUGUUAAGAGUGUGCCUUCAUAUCCUGGUGCAAAUCACAUGUACCCAAGAACUAUGGCUUUAUCACAACACCUUACCAUCAUCAUGCCAGUAAUGGCUUCCACAGUGUUCAGCCUGGUAACCAGAGACUAUUGGUAGCUCCAGGUUCGAUAGAUGUUUGUGAAAUGUGACCACCUAUCAUUCAUGCAUGAGGGCUAAUGACUGGCAAAUCAAAAGGACUCAUCCCAUACCCAGUUCUUAAAAGAGACUGAACUAAUGAUACCUCUUUGUUCUGCUUCAGAAAGAAGUCUUACGACUAUUGUUAAUUGGAUGAAAGAAUAUUACAUCAAGUCCUGGGAGCAUCUGUCCUUGCCUGCCUCCAUGUGCAUCUAGGCAUUCCAUCAUCAAUCCCCUCACUAGACUGUAGCAUUAGGAUGCUUAGAGAGGGGAAAUGAUUUUAGCACCCAGACUCACACUCCUAUGUCUGAAUUUUUAAAAAUGGGGCACUGGAUAUGUCACCACUUUUUAAAGGAUUGGAGUCCACAUAAUGGAAAGAGGUACUCUCUAGGGGAUGGAGCCAAUAAUAAACUGCCACUGAAUGAAAGGCCUCAGAAAUCAAUUCAAAUGACUCAAAGCCAGGACAACCCAAGAGUUGUCUGCUGAAGGCUUUGUGCUCACCUGGGACUGCCUGACUUUCUUUAGCCUGGUCCCUUGCUACUACCUUGAACUGCCUAUCUAACCUCUCUCUUUCUGUUUAAUUCUUUACAACUACCACUAAUGCUGCUGCACAAUUUGUGUCAUCUUGCCUGCCUGCCUGGUGGCUGAGACUCCGUUUUGCGCCUGUGCAUGGAGAAGGAAGAGGCAGGCUGCAUGGAGGCUAUGUUUCAGCAUAGUCUUCAAUUGCCAAAAUAGAGUUUGAGCAGUAGAAAGCAACAUGGUGUAUAUUUCAGAUUGCCUAUCAUGAGGAGGAGUACAAUGGUGAAGUUUCAUCAUCUCAUUACUAUCUUCACAUAUUCAUUAUCAUCCCCACUUAUUAUUGCAUGUUAAAAUACUUAAAAUUUUUAUCUGUAGGUUAGUACUGUCCUUUUACAGUGUUUUUAGUGGUGACUGUGCUUUCAAAAUUAUUUCCAUUGAAUUACAAAGUACUAUCCAAUCCUUAUUGUUAGUUAAAAUAAUUAAAACUGGUAACAUAGAGAAAAUAAUUCUUAACUGUGAACUUACAACACUGUGAAUGAGAGACUCCUCAUAACUGGAGUUUUUGUUUAAUAGUUCUUUCUGUUCAUCUUCAGUCUUUGCUUUAGUAUAUAUACCUUCAGUUUUAUUAAUUGGCCCUUUAAAAAUCAUACAAAUUAUGUGCAAAUUCAAAGAAGAUAUUUAAUUGGCUAUUUAAUUCGAAAUAAUUU